AUGAAGGCGAACGUAGACCUUGUCAAGAUAGUACAAAUAUGUUUCUCCUUUGCCGAUACCCACGGGAACUGUGCUUCUCAUCCAAAUCUAGGCCCGGCAAGUUGCUGUUGGAAACUAAACUUCAAAUUCAACUUGCUCACUGAUCUCUACGCUGCUGAUAGGGUUAAAGUAUUGGGCAGUUCAGCUGAAGUUGGGGGUGCCGGAGUUGACUUCGCAUCUGCCGUGCAUAGGGGCAUUGAACACGAGGUCUUUGGGGAGUUCCUUAUGGCCAGUGGAAUCGUUUUAUCUGAGGAUGUUGUCUGGCUGGUCAACUCUGGUGGUAUCGCUUCCGCGUCCUUGCUUAAAGUCCUCACUGGAAAGCCCCUACCAAAGCACCCCAGACAGUUCUGUGAACUUGUGGCUGAGUAUUUUCCAAGAUUGUACGACACCAAGUUGAUGGUUAGAAAGUCUGUUGUGACAGGACUCGACUAUUUCACGUAUGACCAGAGUGCCACGGUACGUAUAAUCGACGCACUUUUUGGUAAUCUCAACAAUGUAGAGCACCCCCCGGGCUCCAGGACAUGUAUCGACAACUCGUUGCACUGCCGUCGGCGGCUCGAGGCUGCCUUGCUAAUGGCAACCCCAUCUCCCAAGAAUAGUCCUCCCAUCGAUAGAGGUGUGAUCCUUGGUGCUCCCCCCAAGCCGAGAUGUGCCCCAGCGGGCCCUCCUCCUCCUCCCCCACCGCCGCCGCCUCCUAUGCCGCCCGUGAGCUGUCGAGGUCCCCCACCACCGAUCCCACCGCCCCUGCCCCCAAUAGAAUGUCGAUAUCAUCAGCCUACAGCGGGUCCUAGUGGGAAGUUGCUGCGUUAUGAAGGGCCGACACCUGCUGCCGAAACUCCCGUACCUGUGAUGAGAUGCAGUUGCACCAACCGCCCUGCCCAAAUCGAGUAG